GAGGAAGAAAGAAAACGAAUUCAAGAGUUGCUCUCAAGCAUCUAGAAUUUUCUGCACCUCUUGAAGAGAGACUAGCCCAGCUCUGACUAUUACAAGCUGGACUUUCCUCUUAAAGCACAACCUUCAUUUAAGCCUUUGGAUAAAACUGGAAGAAAAGAAUCUGUGAGUACUGUGGACUGCAAAGAAGGCAGGGGGCUGAAAACUGACAAUAAAAACAGAAAGAUGGCAGACCCGAGGCCCAGCAGUCAAGCAGACCCUGAAAUUGAGCUUUUUGUGAAGGAGACAACAUCAGCUACAGCCUUCUCAAGGAGUGACUCCCCUUUCUUCCUCAUUUCUAUUGCCACUGAGGGUGGCGAUGGGGCUGGAAGUGAUGGGGAGAGUAUUGGAAACUGUCCCUUUUGCCAACGCCUUUUUAUGAUCCUCUGGCUUAAAGGAGUUAAAUUCAAUGUGACUACUGUUGACAUGACCAGAAAGCCUGAAGAGCUGAAGGACUUAGCCCCAGGCACCAAUCCUCCCUUCCUGAUAUAUAACAAGGAGUUGAAAACAGACUUCAUUAAAAUUGAGGAGUUCCUAGAGCACACACUGGCUCCUCCAAGGUAUCCUCACCUGAGUCCCAAGAACAAGGAGUCUUUUGACGUGGGCUGUAACCUCUUUGCCAAGUUUUCUGCAUACAUUAAGAAUGCACAAAAGGAGGCAAAUAAGAAUUUUGAAAAAUCUCUGCUCAAAGAAUUUAAGCGUCUGGAUGACUACUUGAACACCCCACUUCUAGAUGAAAUUGAUCCAGACAGUGCUGAGGAACUCACAGUUUCCAGAAGAUUGUUCUUGGAUGGGGAUCAGCUGACACUGGCUGACUGCAGUUUGUUACCCAAACUGAACAUUAUUAAAGUUGCUGCAAAGAAAUACCGUGAUUUCGACAUUCCAGGAGAAUUCUCAGGAGUCUGGCGCUAUCUCCACAAUGCCUAUGCCCGUGAAGAAUUUACCCACACGUGUCCUGAAGACAAAGAAAUUGAAAAUACCUAUGCAAGUGUGGCUAAACAAAAGAGUUAGGACAGCUCUUUCAGUAGAAAACCCUCUUUUUUCACUUGUUAUCAUACUAGAAAAUCUUUUGGAAAUAAGAAUAUGGAAAAUAUGGUUUCCUUUAUCCAACUUUCUUAUGAAAAAGAAUGCUAUAUUUUCUGUAUCUAGUUAAUCCAAACUAUCUGCUCACUGUGUAUUUUAAAGGUCUUCAUAUUUUCAUUUCACCUUUUAAUUCCCAUGGCACAACAACUGCAAUCUUAAAUGAUAUAGAAAGUAUCAAUAUUUUUUGCUAGAAUACAUCAUGUGUGCAAGCUCAACAGAUGGCUGAAGUUACAAAUGACAUACAGUCACAGUCUCAAACUGUUCCUUAGAAAUAUUUACAUCUAAAUCAUUAAAACAAUUUUACUAAGAAA